CUGCGAGCGACAGUUGCUUGUUGGCUAGUGUGUCGCACGGUUCGGUAAUCAAGAUUAUGAGGUUUGAUUCGGUGCGUGAGUGAAACUACUGUGUUAUAAGUAAACAAAACAUUUUUGAUGAGAAUAACUAAAAAUCCAUUUGUUUCUAUUCGAUAUGAUAUUGAUUGAAAUUGCUAAUAGUGCUGUGCCGUUAUUUAAACGAAUUCAAAGCCAUAAGAAAAACCUUCAUAACAUUGGAAAAAUUCUUGACUAUGAAAAACGUCAAGUCAGUAAGUGAAAGUAAAGGGAGUUUUGGUGCAUAAUUAUACACUUCCUGCGGAGUGAACGAAGUCAAAAGACAGAAAUAGAUACACGUUAAAACAAACCAGCUGGCACGAUAAAAAAAAGAGAAGAAGAAGAAAACGCGGGCCGCUCCCUCAAGCGUUAUUCCGCAGCGUGUCGGAAGAAAAAUUGAAAAACGCACAGAUGGACCGCUCCACUUCUUGUGAUGGGCCAAACCGCCUUGCACAGUGUUUACACGCAGCCGCGCGUCCACUUCGUCGUUUGGCUCGGCAGACAAUACUUGUUGGAAACGUGGAACAAACUGGAGACGGGACAGUUUUGUUCCUGCUCAUGCCCUUGCGAGAGGUCCUCCCGGCCUCCCUCGAGCCUCUCGACGAGCGCCCCGAGCACGCCCAAGGAUCAGCGCCGAGCCGAGUCUCCUUCUGCGCCUUAUACGAGGUACGGCGACGAGCCUCACAUCUACAACUGCCCUCAUCACGGGACGCAACAGCCGAUUGUCUGCUUCUUUUGUGUGGAGGAUGAGGUGGAGAUGCGAGUCUCGGAGGACGAGGGCCAAGUGGACCCCGAGGACGCCACCCUGCCCGCCCCCCACCACAGGCCGCCCAUCUACAACCCGGAGGAUUACGCUCACUCCCUGGCCAAGUACGCCCGCAUGCCCAACCUGUACACGCCAGAUAUACCGAAAGAAAAGAAGAGCAGAGGGAGGGAGAAAGAAAAGAGCGUCAGCCGAGUCGAAGUCCCUCAGGAGAUGUCCCUCAAGCAGUUCAGUUCCCUGGCUGAACUCCUCAGGAAGUUGAGAGAAGACCUCAAGAUGUCAUAUCUCAGCUUUGUGAAAGAGUUUGUGAGAGACCCCAACGAUGGAGUGACGCUGCUUCUAGAUGUCCUCAAGAUGAUCCAGUUGUCUCAGACAGAUCUCACUGGAUCUGCAAACACAAGAGAACAGCAGAUUGCACUGAGAAGAGCACUGAUUGACGAACACGAGUCACUAUCCUGCCUUCGGUACUGUUUGCGCUCCACAGACUCGGCACUCAAACUCGCUCAUUACCACCACGGGCUGUACACACUUGCCGUGGCUACCAUGAGUAACUUGGCAAGAAGCAGGACGCUCUCACUGCAGUUGUUGACACGAGCAUGUCUAGCAUCAAGUACCGGACACCGCCAGGUCAUGGAAGCACUUGCAACUUUACGCCUCCGUUUUGCAGAGCCAGUCAAAUGUAAAUUUCUGGUCGCCAUGAUGAUGUCUCACCCACAUCCAAGCUUCCAAGUGUGGAGUCUGAGGUUCAUCAACGCCCUUAUGUCUUCGACUGUCAGUUUAAGGGAAAAGGUCUAUUUACAAGAGGAAAUGGCUGAGGCUGGUUUUGAUGCUCAAGCACUUAGAAAGAUCAUUGAACGUAGCGGUUCGGAUCAUCUUCAGCAACAAGCACUGACUGAGCUUGAUCGUUGGUUGUCAAGUUAUGUUGACAUAACAAAAUAUGAGAAUGAGAUGAGUGGGCUGAGAAACUCGAACAGUACUCUUCAGGAAGAGCUCAAGAAAUUAAGGGAGGCUAACAUGAAACUCCUUGAAGAAAAUGUCCUACUUAAAACUGUAGGCAGUGAAGUUGAAGAAAGAUAUGCUGCUCUUCAGAGGCGACUUGAACAAAAUGGUAUACCUGCUGCUCCAUCUCCAGCUCCAUCAGUUAGUGACUCAGAUCUUUCAUCACUGAACACUUUCAGGAAUGCUACAAUGCAUCGCAAUUCUUUGUCACCAUUGCGGAAUGGGGGAGUGAGGACUGAUGUGAUGGAAACAGACUCUGUCAUUUUUAGCCAAGGGGGAGAAAGAUCUCUUACCCCAAUUUGGAAUGAGAGUCCAAAAUCAUCAUCAUCACACUCAGCUAGUAGCAAGAUGUCAAUAGCUUCAGAUGAAACUGCCAUAUCUUCACGACCUGUGUCAGCAUCUAGCUCGUCAGACUUGACACCUAUGAACAGAAGUAGAAACCAGUCUUCGUGUUCAUCAACCCCAGAGCCAAGAAUGUCACCCUUGAGAAGCCUCACAGCUUCCCCAAGUCGAAAUGCAGAUGGAAAAGAAAGUAGGGAAAGAGACAAUUUCUCCAAUAGAGCAAGUCCAUUACAAGAACCAGAGAGAAAGAAGUCUCCAACAGAAGAAAAAUUUAAUGAACACAUGCCUCUCACCCUUACAGACUUGACAUUCCGUAAUGAAAAAUCUCCUUUUCCAGAGGAAGUAAAUGUUACAGAUUGUAGUCGUUCACCACCAGAUGGUAUGGUUUCCCCUCACGAACCAGUUCGCUCCUCAAAACAGAAGAGCCGUCAACGACAAGUGAUUGAAGAGAGUUCCACAUCAGGAAUAGAUUCGGAUGCUCGAAAAUCAGCUAGCCCAGGACCAAAAGAUAGCAAAGGAAAUGGUAAAUCUUCCUCAUCAUCGCACACCCCAUCCCCUAGAUCUAAAUCACCUUCCUCUGGAAAGAGGAGGGCUCCUAAACCUCCCUCUGGCUCAGCCAGCCCAUUCUCAUCUUCAACAUCCUCCCUGUCUUCCUCAUCCUCCACCUCCUCCAAUUCAGGAGGAGAACGGAAGGAUCCGGAAUAUAUGAAUGUUCCAUUCCAUGACUCAUCGCAGAGCAAAGGCCGAAGUAGGUCACCUAGUGAUAAACCUCGCAGUGGCAGUGACGAGGGUGAUCUGGACUAUGAACGUGAUGUUGUGGUUUAUGAAGCAAUAACAAUUGCUAAUGAUAGAAUUUUCAUAGAUAAAAACAACACUCAGGGCUCCCAUGGCUCCAGUAAGAGUCAGAGUUCAGUUGAGACGAGAGGCAGCCUAGAGUCGAGGGAAAAUGAGGAUCCAAAUAUAGAUGGCCCAAAUGUUCGUGAGUCUGUGAGGCAUUAUGAAAAUUUAGUCAUGAUGACUGACCCAGUAGAAGGAACUAAAUCAGAGGGGAAAAAAGGAUCAGACAGAAAUGACUUACAGAAAAAAGAAGACAAAAUUGAUAAAAAGGAAGGACGCGGAGAACUAAAAGAUAGGGAAGGCAGUAAAUCAGGGAAGAGAGAUGUCAGCGAGAGAGAAGUAGAAGCAGUUAUGACUGGACUUGAAAGUGUCUUGAGAAGUGCCGAGUCAUCGUUAAGUCUUGCCUCACAGGAAACUGUCAAAGAAAAUCCUUUAUUAAAGGAUUCUUUUGAAGAUCGUGCUAGUCCAGAAAAUACCUUAACUGAAGAGUUGGAGAUAGUACCAACUCGUGUACCCCACUUACCAUCUAGGUCUCGUUCUAGAAACUCCAUUGUAGGGAAUGGAAGUCAGAUAGACCCAGUUCUUUAUUUGGAAUUUGAGUCACCUGCAGAAACUAGUGAUACCGAAACACUUUUAAGAAGUAAUCAGCCUCUGCCAAGCCCUCGAACAAUAGAAACUGAAUCAACAACUUCAUUUGGGUAUGUCAGACCAGAGAAAUCUCUGCGACGGCAUGAGACCUUCAUGGACCGCAGUAGUAGUGAACGAGAGGGUAAAGAAGAGCGUAAAAGAGGAAUCAAGAGAAGUGAAAGCUUUCAGAUGGGAAACAAAGCAGAUUAUAACAGUCACCGGUCUUAUUCACCCAGACGAAGAGGUUCCAUGGAUCUAUUAGUGCCGCUUGAAGAGAAAGAAAUUCACAUUAGUGGCAGAACAUUCACCAAGUACACACCUCAUGAAGUUGAAAGGAGAAACCGUGUUAAUGAACUCAUUACAGCUGAAAUGAACCGUCGUAAAAAUCGCAGCAUGGAGGACCACCUUGAUCAGUGGUUUGAGAAUCAAGGGAAUGAAAAAGAUUGGACCUUGAAGUGGAAAUACCCUGAAAUAGCUCGCGACAGAGAAGAUAAACAACUUCGCCAAAAGAGUAACCGAAGACAGGAGAGCAAGUCCCCUAGUCAUGCAGAAAAUAAUAGGAAGUCCUCAAAGUCCAAGAGCAAUGAGAAUUCAUCACCUUCAAAAGUUACUGACAAUAAAAAUGUAAAUUCGAAAUAUUCCUCAGCCGAGACGUCAGGACCCAUUUCAAAAUCCUCACGAUCUGCAAAGCAACUUAAGUUCUCCACCUCUGAAAUCAUAGCUUUUAAUGGAUUCAAGAACCCUACUGGUUUUCGAGAGAGUGACUACGGCCCAAACUUUAUGCUGAAUAAGCCAUCUUCAAGACUGCCUGAUUUUUCAGACUAUGGAGGACGUGAUUAUCCCCCACCAUCUCGCAAUCGUACUGCAAGAGAAAACUGGGGAGGAAACGGAAGAGAAAAAAUUUUAGCUGGAAGAAGAAAAGGGGAGAUUGAUCCAGACAUUCCCACUCCAGACUACUCGGCGACUCCUGCUGGGACAAUGACCAAUGCCAUAAAGCCUUCCCCAUCAAAGCACAUACUGGAUAUGCCAUCAGGACUCUAUUAAAAUUGUCUGGAAACUGUACAGCUUUUGACAUUAUUGUUGUAAAUAAUUGUACUUGUUUCUUGUGUUCUUUGAAAUAAAUGUGUACUGAACUGUAUUAAGGACCAAGACUCAUAAUUGCUAAACAUACUUGUGUUUUUUUUUUUUUAGCGUAUAUGAGAAGUGUGUUAAUAUUAAGUAACUUGUGUACUAAUGAAUAAGUGCAAUACUCAGUUAAUUGUAAAUAUAAUGUCUUGUAUAUAUAUAUAUGAGUAAAUAUAUACAUAAUUUGACCUUGUUAUGUAAACUUUAGGAGUUUAAUAGUGUUAAAAAUAUGGGAAUUUUAUUCAGUAUAUGAAUAUACAGUCUGUUAAUAUAUUUAUGUAAAGAUUA